AUGGGUGACAUUCAAGGACGUGGCUGUGGAUUUCACUCCAGAGGAGUGGGGGCACCUCGAUCUCUCUCAGAAGGAGCUGUACAGGGACGGCUUGCUGUGUCUAAACCAGAUGUGAUCUCCCAGCUGGAGCGAGGGGAAGCACCUUGGAUGGCAGGGGGAGAAGGCCCAAGAUGCAGGUGUGCAGAUUGGAAAACAAGCUGUGAAAACAAAGAGUCAUCUCCAAAGUUGGGCAUUUGUAGAGAAGAAUCAUCCCAGAAAACAGUUACAAGUCAUUGCCCUUGGAUCCCCAAAGUGGAAGAAGCCUGGCAGUGUGAUGCCUGGUUGGAAGAGAAGCAGAGAAAUGAAGAGAAACAUCUUCAGCAAUUCAAGGUUAAUACAAGGAAUCCUCCCAAUAAAAAACGAGGCCAGGAAUGUAAUAAAUGUGGCCAACACUUCAAUCUAAGGCCAAUCUUUUUUCCACAGAGAAUUUCUGUGGAAAAGAUUCUCUAUCAGUGUGAUACAUCCAGAAAGAGUUUGGGCUUAUAUUCAGACCUGAAUAAAAGUCACCAAAUCUGUUCAAAGAAGAGAGUUUGUAAGCAUGACAAACUUGGGAAAUCCCCCAUUUGUGACUCUGACUUUACAGAGUAUUAUCAACUAAACCCUGGAGAGAAAGUUUAUGAAUGCAGUGAAUAUGAGGAAGCCUUUUACAGUAGCUCCUCUAUAAUUUCUCUUCAAGUAGUGCAGGCUGGAGAGAAACUGUAUGAAUGUGGUGAAUGUGGGAAAGCCUUUGGUCGGAGUACACAUCUUAUUCGACAUCAAACAAUUCAUACUGGAGAAAAACCAUUCAGAUGUAAUGAAUGUGGGAAGACCUUCCGACAGAGCGCACAACUUACCCGACAUCAGAUAAUUCAUACUGGAGAGAAACCUUAUAGAUGCAGUGAGUGUGGUAAGGCCUUCAAACACAGCUCGUCCCUUGCUUCCCAUCAUAGAAUUCAUAGUGGGGAGAAACCUUAUGAGUGUAAUGAAUGUGGGAAGGUCUUCCGUGAGAGCUCACACCUUACACGACAUCAGAGAAUUCAUACUGGAGAGAAGCCUUAUCAGUGUAAAGAAUGUGGGAAGGCCUUUAGCCGGAGCACUGAACUUACUCGACAUCAGACAGUUCACACAGGAGAGAAACCUUUUGAAUGCAGUGAGUGUGGGAAGGCCUUUCCCCAGAGGACACAACUUACUCAGCACCAGAGGAUUCAUACUGGGGAGAAACCAUAUGAAUGUAAUGAAUGUGGAAAGGCCUUUUGUCUGAGCUUACAACUUAACCGACAUCAGAGAAUCCAUACUGGAAAGAAACAUUAUGAAUGCAGUGAAUGUGGAAAGACCUUUAACUACAGCUCAUCCCUUUCUUACCAUCGCAGAAUUCAUACCAGUGAGAAACCAUAUGAAUGUAGUGACUGUGGGAAGGCCUUCAAUCGCAGCUCAUCCCUUGCUUCUCACCAGCGAAUUCAUACUGGAGAGAAACCUUAUGAAUGUAACAAAUGUGGGAAGGCCUUCUGCCAGAGCACACAGCUUACUCGCCAUCAGAGAACUCAUACUGGGGAAAAGCCUCAUGAGUGUGAUAAGUGUGGAAAAACUUUUAGCCAGCACACACAACUUACUGAGCACAAGAGAAUUCAUGUUGGAGAGAAACCUUAUGAAUACCCCCAUUCCUGGAUUUGGUGCUGUGGUGAUUGCACAAAAAGAGAAGGCUCCAGCCACUGGCCAUUGACCCUGGGAGUGCAGGACGCCACUGGAGGCUGGCAUAUCGGAGAGGCACUUUGGCCCCCUGAAACACUCAUUUCUUCAGCUUUUGGAGGCUGCCGGCACAGAAAAUACACGCAUGAUGAAAGACUAAGAGGUUUUCUGGCCAAGAAGCACCUUGUUGCCAAGCCAAGGGCGAAGGGAGGGGCAUCAGCACCGGGAAGGCGUUUGGACCUGGGUUCGCUCCACCUUGAGAGAUCUGGCAUGGGCAAGUGGAGAGGCAGCUGGUUCAGCCCAGAUCCCCUCGGAUGCUUUUUGGACGUCCAGGCUGGGCCAGUCACCGAACUCUAG